AUGUGCGCAGAGGAAUUGACCGAUGAUGCCACGCUCAUCCAGGUCAAGCGGGUGCUGCUGGAUGUGAACACAGUUCCCUACAUCCCGGAGCUAUUCUCUGCACAAAAUCCUCCAGAGCCGCGUUGCCUGGAUCCACUUUGCUCCUCCUGCACCGCGUGCUUGCGCCGCGCCAGCUCUGCUCCUGCGCUCACCCGCUCACACUCAUCUCCCGAGCCGCGCGCACCUGCUCGCCCACAUCCAGCGUGCCUCCACUCGGGCCGCUCGCCCAGCAACCGCGCCGCCUGGGCUCUGACCGCCCAGCGCCCGCGCCUGGCGCUGCCCACCACGCCGUGUACUGCUGCCCGCGCUUGCCCGGACCUGCCGCUCCCUGCCGGGGCCCGCCUAGCGCAGCGCCACUCGCUCUGCUUCACGCGUCGCAACCGCCUGCGCCAGCCAUCGAGCGCCGGCCCACCUACUCCUGCCGCUCGCCCCCCUGCGACGCUCACCGCGCCAGCUCGCCAGCGCCUCCUGCCGUGCGCGCGCCCCGCCGCCAGCUGCGCGUCGCACGCCACCCGCGCUGAGCCACCACCUGCGCGCGCCGCCAGCCCGCUGCCGCCCUCGAGCCCGCGCGCGCUGCGCCCUGCCGCGCCCGAACCAAGCCGCCCGGCCUUCGCGCACGCCGGCGCUCGGGCCUGCGCCCGCGUGGGGCCGCCCGCGCGCCACCAGCUGCCGGCCGAGCCCACGCCGGCCUGCAGCAAGCAAAGGGAGGGAGGUGGGGAGAGGAUAAGGGAGAGAAAAUGUGACUGCCAGUGA